AUGUCCGAAGACAGCGCCGACCUGGUCUCGUCGCCCUCGUCGCUCCACUCGGCCUAUCCCUUCCCUUCGUCCUACCAGAGACGCCCUUCACGCCGCCUGUCCAAUGACAGCACUCUGUCCAUCAAUUCAAUAGGUGGUGCUCUAGAUAUCAAUCCCACCAGACCCGACAAUUCUCUGAGGGAAGCUGGCCAGAAUGCCAUCUCAACCCUGCUGCAACCCCCAAUAGUUCGCACUGGCCUCCUGACUCCAGCUGCAUCCGCUUCCUCGACUUAUCGUGCCCCGACCACACGCGACAUCCCUCCCGUCACUCUGACAAACAUACCCAAGGUUGAUACCUCUACCUUUAAGGAAUACAUCUCUCGUGUCGGGCCACUGUUCGACAAUCUCUCACGUCUUCGUCGCGACACUCAAUCCAAGCCCCAGAAUGAUGCCCCAACCAGCCCUGUCCUCAGUCGCCAUAACUCUGCCAGCUCGCUUCUCUCGCCCACCGACUCCCCUCAGCCGCGACGCCGAUCUAGUGCUUAUGCUCGCCGUAGGUUGAACGAGCCCACCCCCUUGUCCACCAUUCCAAAUGUCUAUUUCGACGAGAACUUCCAACUCGAGAAUCCAAGGACCUUCGAUGUUGUCAGCGAGCGCGCCGAGAUCGCUCCUGGUACCGCAAAACAGGAACAGUCCGCUAAUGCCAGCAAUGCCAUCUUACAAGAGAAACUGUCAUGGUACAUGGAUACCGUAGAGGUGCACCUGAUCCAAUCAAUCUCUUCCGCCUCGACCUCCUUCUUUGCCGCUCUAGGCUCAUUGCGCGACCUCGAGCAAGAAGCCUCCGACUCUGUCACCCGGAUCCAGAAAUUGAGGGCAGAUUUAGCAAAGCUGGAUCAAGACAUGGCAAUGGGUGGUCUAGAGGUCGCCAACCUGCGAAGAAGAUACCAAAACAUGCAAAAGCUCGCCAAUGCUGUGGAUCAGGUAGCCCGUGUAGUACAAGAUGCGAAGAAUUGUGAAGAAUUGGUCGAGAAAGGAGAGUAUGAUGCUGCUGCCAGCGCAAUGUCACGCCUCGAUCGCUUGAUCGCCGGACAACCCGAGCCGUCAUCAGAACCAUCGACAACAGAUUUACACGAUUUGCGCCCUCUGCACGCCCUUCAGGGUCUGUCUGAUUCCAUGAAUCAGCUGCGCUUCCGCAUCGGCAGAGGCUUCGAGUCCCGUUUUCUCGAGACUAUGUUAUCCGAUCUACGGAGGCACAUCGACAACGUACCGCCCAAGGAUACCAUGCGUCGCUGGGCGAGUACAUCAAUGCGCUUGCGAGGUCUGCAGACUGGUCCAACAGCUUAUAUGGAGAUCGACGAUCAAUUCCGGAAAGACUUGCUCGCUUCAUUACAUGGUCUGAGUAACUCAAGUCAAACUGCGCAGGCGACAGCCGAUUUCAGAGACGCUAUCAUGAGGGAGAUGAAACACCUAAUACGCAAACAUCUGCCUAGCUCUAAUGAUGAUGACAACGAGUCUGUCACAUCGGUCGCCACCCGUACCAGCAAGGCUGCGAGCCAACAGGAGAAGUCUAUCAUUCUGGCUAGAAACUUGCGUGCCAUGGAUGAGGAGUCUGCCGAAGACAUGGUUGUCAAUAUCUACACUGACAUCAGUGAAGCUUUGCGACGUCUGAGCAUACAGAUUAAGGUAUUGCUCGAUGUCACCAGUACCAUGGAUGCUCCAGAUUCGUUGAAGUCACCUUUGAGCCCAGAUAUAAGGUCAACCGACCGAUCUAGAAGCCCAGCGCCUAGGGUAAGCGGAAUGCAAGAAGAGUUGAGCCAGGCACUAGACAUGUCAAGCCUAUUAGGUCAAGCAGUGGACGUAGCGCACACUCAAAUCACACGAAUCCUCAAGGUGCGCACAGAGCAGGUGAACCACUUACCGCUAGAACGUUUCCUCCGCUACUUCACCAUCAAUCGCCUGUUCGCCGACGAAUGCGAGGCCAUCUCUGGUCGCUCAGGUACUCAGCUCAAGGCUCUAGUCAAUACACAAAUCAACACUUUUGUGCGAGCCUUUGGUGACGCUGAAAAUCAGCGAAUUGCUCAGACACUGGAUUCUGAUCAGUGGGAAGCUAAGGACUUCAAGGAGGUAGACCAGGUAUUGCUCUCCCGCAUACUCGAAGGCAUGUCCUCGGAUCCAGCCGUCUGGCUACAGGGCACGCGCGUUUGGGAAGAUCCAUCACAACCUGAAGCGACUAAUGGAACCUCUUCAUCAAAUGGCGAGGGCAGUGAUGCGAAGUCUACUAAUCGACCAGCGUACAUUGAUGAGACACGAUACAUCCUGGUUUCAUCUGCCAUCUCCCUGCUUCGACCUAUCGAUGACUUCCUUGCCCUGAUAACCAGCAUACCCUCGAUAACUUCUGCCGCUGUGCCAGCCUUGAUCGAUGUCCUCCGAACCUUCAACUCGCGUACAUCACAGCUCAUCCUCGGCGCUGGCGCCACAAGGAUUGCUGGUCUAAAAAAUAUCACUACUAAACAUCUCGCCCUCGCCUCGCAAGCGCUCAGCUUCGUUAUUGCUAUGUCGCCUUACCUCCGCGAAGCAGUCCGCCGACACGCAAGCGCAGCCAACAAAGCCGAAGUGCUCGGUGAAUUCGACAAGCUCAAGCGACUGUAUCAAGAUCAUCAAAUGGCCAUUCAUGACAAGCUUGUCGAGAUCAUGACAGCAAGAGCAACAUCACAUGUCAACUCAAUGAAGAAGCUUGACUUCGAUGCCGAAGCGAAGAAGAAUGCAGAUGGCACGAGUGCAUACAUGGAGACUUUGACAAAAGAAACGGGCACCUUGCACCGUGUGCUGAGCAGACAUCUAGCAGAAAUGGAUGUAACGAUCAUUCUGAGCCAGAUAUUCGCCAGCUACAAGGAGCAAUGGCUCAAGGCUUUCCAAGGAGUAGAGAUCAAGACGCCGGCUGGCAAGCAGAGGCUCCUCAAAGAUGCACAGCUAUUUGAUUCGAAGCUGGGCAAGAUUGACGGAUUUGGCGACAUGGGCAAGACGCUCAUGAACGCUGUCGAAGCGAAGACGGUCGUCCAGGAGAAACAAGACCUGCCACCGCCUCCACUACCUCAAACCAAAGAGGUCACAAACGAGAAACCAUUACCUUCAGCACCCAUAACUGCAGACAAGGAGAAGAAGGAUAGUGAGGAAACUGAAAAGGCACCAUCCGUCGAACAGGAGAAGGAGACGAAAAGUUAA